CCUGCUUGUGACCCCACCCUGCGUCCCCACCCCUCAUCUCUCUGUCAGUCAGGAGCUGCGCAGCCCUGCAGAGGAACCAAGCGGAGCGGCGCGGCGCGGCGCCGGGCAGCCGACGGCCGGGAGCUGGAGCUCGGUCUCACGCAAACGCAAGAGGAGUGGGGGGUGAAUAUCCACCAAGUUCGUGCAUCCUCAUAAUUCAAGCUGCUGCUGCAGCUUUUCAGGACCGUGUUGUUCCCUUCUCUGAUAAACUACAUUACCCACAAGUCUAUACCGAAACUGAACGUCUUAACGGGAAGCAUGCGGAGAGUGACUCGGCGAGUGUGUGAGGAAGGCCCGCUGCUGGAGGAGCAGGAGACGGAGGGCCAGCGGCAGCUGCACAGCCUCUUGCUGCAGCAGCUCCACACAGACGUCGACAUCGAUCGAUGCGUAGCCAAGAGGCAGUGCUUCGCCCCUGCGGCGCUCUAUCGGCCGUUCGGCGAGCAGGCGGCCGGAGUGAGGAGCCUCUCCCAGUUUCAGGCUCUGCAGGAUGGAGAGCAGGAGCUGGCCCGGCUGAGAGAGCUGGGCCUCACGGAGGCUGAAAUCCAGCUGUGGCAGAGUAGAGACGCUUCAGAGGCAGCAGAGAAGUCCCGCGGUGUGUGUCCAGCUCCAGAUGCCAGGCAGCAGCGUCUCCAAGUCAUCAGAGACAAGAUGGACGCCAGGGUGGAACUGCUGUCCCGCCCUCAGCGCUUCGCCGCCAGCUGCCUACUGUCGCGCCGUGAGAUGGAGAUCGAACGAGCGCUGUUUCAGGGGAGCGACCGCCAGGGUUUCCUCUCCGCGCUCUACCACCGAGAUGAAGACGACGUAGAUGGACAGCAGGAGGCGUCCUCCUCUGACCCCAUGGGUCCUCUCUACAGAGACAUCCUCACCUGUCAGAAACAAACAGGACCAACAUGCAGCUCUGAAACCGUCCAAUCACAAAGCUCCCAGAACCCCAGCAGUCUACAACCUACAGAGUCUUCUCACCAUCAGUCGGAUCUGCAGCGAGACGCCUCAGAGCAGCAGGAUGAGAACAAGUUACAGCCGCAGCGACUAGUACCGAUAAAUCUAAACCAGCCAAUCGGGAGCCUGUGUGGAGCGGCAGGGGCAAGGUCAGGAGCACGGCUCGCCAUCAGCGGGGAGAUCGAAAUGAUUCCAGAGGAAGAAAUCCUGAACAGCCGCGCACCCGAGGAGGAGAUCCUGAGCAUCCCGAGGUUCAGGAACUACCGUCCAGGAAAACCUUCCAAGGUUCUGUGUGUGAAGAACUUGAGCCGGCAGGCGUCCGUAGCCCAGCUGGUGGCGCUGUUCUCCAGAUUUGAGCGGAAGAGCGAGGCUCCGGUGCUUUACCGGCUGCUGACAGGAAGGAUGAAGGGUCAGGCUUUCAUCACGCUGCCAGACGCAGAAACGGCCCAGAAUGCAUUACAGUUGGUCCAUGGAUACCGGUUGCUAGGGAAGCCUUUGGUGGUUGAGUUUGGACAUGAACGUCAGGAAGUGGAAAAACAACGAGCAGGAAGCGUGGAAAGAGACGGUGCUGAUGCUAUGCUGAAGUCUGGCCAGCAGAUGUCACUCUUAAUCGGGUUCAAAUGAUUCACAUCACUGAAGUAUCCAUCCAUCCAUCAUCUAAACCCGCUUAUCCACACAGGGUCGCGGGCGGGGGGGGCUGGCACCCAUCUCCAGCAGUCUCCGGUCAAACAGGGUACACCCUGGACAGAUGCCAGCCCAUGGCAGAGACACACAAACAAGCACACACACACACACACACACACAUCAACCUGACAGUCACGUGGGUCAAUUCAGUAGAGUGUGAGAAUGGAAGUAGUUGAGAAAUAACCAGAAUCUGAAGGGACAGUGAACACGAGGACACCUGGGAGGAGGGAGAAAACGUGGACAAGUGCAUUGGAGCGGUGUGGAACGUUGCAAGGAAGCACAGGAGCGGGGAGCAGGCUUUAGCGAGUUAGAAGUGCCAGUCCUCACUCCUGAUCAGUAGGUGGCGGCAACGCGCCUCAACGUUGCUUCAUAGCCGCCAUAACGCCACAAAGAAGAAGGAAAUGUGGAAGGGACUGUGGAGGCGGGGACACAGGACAUGACACCUGCAUCCUGCUGUUUCGCCUGCACACACCUGAGCGUCAAAGAAGCGUUCACGGUAAAGUGGAGUGUUGUGCGAGUGUCUCGCCUCUAUGCUGCUGUUGUCGUUUAUAUCAGCAGCUGUAGGGGGAGUCGAACUCGCAGCCAAAGCUUUGGACUGGGCUGUUACUGCUGGUGCCCACGUCUACACCCAGAAUGAACUCAGACAUGGCUGCUUUGGUUGUGCUAACUGAUGGACGUCAUCCUGCAGCUGAAGUCCACACGGGUGCGUUUGUGGUUUACAAAAAAAUAAAACUAGAUGUCAUAAUCUGGUGAAACGAAGCAAACUAAUAAGGAGGAUUUUGUUGUUAAUACAUUUGACGUCAAAUGUUUCGAGCUUUUAUACCUUGUUUAUUUUGCACUAAUGUCCAUUCGUUUGAAUUUCUCUAAAAGUUCUCUUGUUGGCUCUUCCUUCUUCCAUCUCAGGAACGUUGCUAAGCUGAGUCCCAUUCUGUCCCGCUCUGAACGUGAGACAGUUCUCCACACCUUCAUCUCCUCACGCUUAGACUACUGUAACUCUCUUUUCACGUGUCUGAGCAGAACCUCCCUGAACCGUCUACAGGUGGUUCAGAAUGCCUGUGCUCGGCUUCUGACCAAGUCCUCCAAACACACCCACAUCACCCCGCUUCUCCUCCAGCUUCACUGGCUGCCAGUCAACUUCAGGGUUCAUUUCAGGAUCCUGUGUAAAUACAGUUGAAGCAACUUUUUUGUUCAAAUAUUCACCACAAGAUGGCACUGUGAUUUUGUUAAUGCCCUAGAAAGUUUAUUUAAAGUAUUAUUUUUCAUGUUUUCAAUACAUUUCGUAGCAUUUACAGGUGCACAGAGUUAAUAAUUUUUUGUAUUUGAGUAAUUUUGAAUUUGUUUAUUUUGAUAAGGUGUGUUUAAGAGUGCUGUGACGUCACUUCCUGUCUCAUAGCUUCUGAGAUUUUAUUGAUGCGCACGGACAAUUUGUGCCAUUUAAGAACAUUUGAGAAGAAGGUAAAGUGUUUUCAAGUCUACCGUUUUGUCUACUAGCAGGCCAAAGUGGUUUGUUUAUUCUUUAUUUAUAAACUGUAUGUUAGCAAACUUAAGGCAAAUAACUUGUUAAUUUGUACAUGAUUUAUGCUUUUUCAUCAGUUAUACAGUGUUCAUGUGGUGUAAAGAUAAAGAAGAUGCAAGACCGCAUUAAACAUCAGUAAAAGGAA